GGGGAACGGAAGUCCCGCUUUCCAUGUCUCAACCUUGUAUUAUGGCAUCUGCCGAUCUCCAGCGCAGUACAUGGCGAACCGUACGAUCAAACCCUCUUCAUCCUCGGAUGGAUUCUUCCAGACACCACCCAUGGUACCCCCAGGGUAUACCUUUGUCAACAGUCGAGCAUGGUCAGAAGACAACAGCAACAACAACCCACACGCCACAUCCGACGAUGUAGUCUUGGCGAGGAUAUUAAACCUCUACCUUCCCCGCGAGCCCGUGGCGGUCUUCGAGUCAAUUCAUAAACUCGCACGUCGCGCCCUGCUGCCAUCCACACUCCGUCUCGCUGUCGACGCAGAAACGAAUCAGCCCACGCUUCAUCCGCGGACGACGUUCGGCGAAGAGGACCGGUCGCAGCCUCUCCGCACCGCGGCGGGAUGGCAGGAACUCAAGAGAAUCGGACAGCAGGAGGGCCUUAUCACGGUGGCGUAUGGUGAGAAGGAUUCUCCCUGGAACAGGCGCGUGCAUCAGUUCGCGCUGAAUCAUCUGUGGACGCCCAGUUCAGCUGUGACGGGAUGUCCGAUGUCGAUGACGGACGGGGCCGCGAGGCUGUUUUCCGCGCACCUCGGCGAUCCCGAUGGGGAUCAGCCGGGGCGUCAUGACGUCCUGCGCGAGGUGUACAGGCGGCUGGUAUCGUCUGAUCCAGACACUGCGUGGACGAGCGGGCAGUGGAUGACGGAGAGGACCGGGGGGAGUGAUGUGCGUGGCACGGAGACGGUGGCUCGUCGGUUGACCCAGUCAGAAAUAUCUCAUGAUGUCCAGCGAGGCAGGGACCGUGAUGCCCAUGGGAUGCCCCUGGGGCCGUGGAGCAUCGACGGCUUCAAAUGGUUCAGCAGCGCGACAGACUCUGAGAUGGCCUUAUUGCUGGCGCAGACGGGCAAGGGACUCGGGUUGUUCUAUGUCCCCAUGCGGCGACGGAUGGGUCACAGUGAUGCACCUGGCCGGUCCCCGACGGAACUGAACGGGAUCCGGAUCCAGCGACUCAAGAACAAGCUUGGGACGAAAGCACUCCCGACGGCCGAGUUGGAGCUGAAAGGCGUACGGGGCUGGUUGAUCGGGGACGAAGGGAACGGCGUCAAGGAGAUCACGACCAUCCUCAACAUCACACGGCUGUACGCCGCCGCAGCAUCCGUAGCGGCGUGGAGUCGUGGUCUGUCCAUCUGCCGCGCUUACACCAAAGUCCGCAAGACACAAGGGUCCCUCCUGCAGGACAACAGGCCGCAUGUGCGGUGGAUGGCCGAUGAAACGGUCAGAUACUGGGCGAGUGUUCACCUCACGUUCUUCGGCAUUGCCCUCCAAGGCGCGAUAGAGCAGGACUGGAGCUCGGCCGCUCGAAACACCAGAGCGGCCCAGUUGAUCCCGCCGGACAAGAGACAGGCCAUGACGCUCCUGCGACUGAUCACGCCGGUUCUGAAGGCCCGCGUUAGCGUUGCAUCCACCGACGGCCUCCGCGCCUGCAUGGAAUGCCUGGGAGGGAUCGGAUACUGCGAGAACAACGACGGCGACGGCGUGCUCAACAUCGCCAGGAUCUUCCGCGACACCAUCGCCAAUGUGAUCUGGGAGGGAACCGUCAGCGUGAUGGCCGAGGAUGUCGUCCGUGUGGUUCUGGACAAGCGGCUGGCCGAGGGAAGAGUCGUUGAGGCCGUACUGGGCGAAUGGGCUAUCGCCGUGCUGAGCGUCUGCCGACCAGCCUUCGCGGAGGAAUGUGCCGCUGUCGAACGCAUGCUGCAGACCCUGUUGGCGCUCACGCAGAACACCUCCAAAGCGGAGCUCCUGUGGCGCGGCAGGGAAGCCCUGCAGCUCGUCGAGGCCGUGGUGUGCUCGUGUCUGCUCAUGUUCGAUGCAUAUUCGGACCGAGACGAGGUGGCCAGGAAGAUUGCCUCGAGAUGGGUUCUGUUCAGGGCUCUUCCGGGCGACCGGAUUUCCAAGCAAUCGUGUAACUGGGAGGAGGAGUCUGCCGUCGACAGGAGGAUAUUCCUGGGGGCGGACACGCUUCCGAAACGUAGGCUGGAGAAGAUGUAGCGGAGUUUUUGAUAUUUGUUCUCAUCUAUUCUACUCUUCCAUCCUCUGUCAGCUAUCGGUGCCUCCAGCGAGUAUGAUGAGGAUAUACCUGCCAAGCGCACCUCCGCGUCUCUCCCCGUGUAUUGAAGCCGCUCUAGCAGAUAGAGAAUCCUUCGAGCCAGGAGAAUCGAUAAAUUAUACCGAAUUUGCAAAAAAGCAUGGUGUCAGCCGUACAACCAACAUUAUCAAGACAUCACCGCGGGAUUCAACAUUCCAAAGAAGACCAAUACGAAAGUCAGCGAGUUCUCAACAACCAGCGGGCUAAGGAGCUUUUAAAAUGGAUCAAUAAUCUCGCGGACGGUGGCUUUAUCCUUCCCAUGAGAUGCUUCGGAAUUUUGCCAAAGAACUCACCAGAAUAAAGCCAGGAAAGCACUAGCCAGGCCGCUUUCUGGAGAAGCAUAAUGGCGGCCUGAUUGCUCGCUGUACAACGGCUAUGGAUUCCUCAAGAAAGCGCGCUGAUUCUGCAUAUAAAUAUACCCUAUGCUUUGCGCUGCAGGCUUGGAAGAUGAAGGAACCUACAACAUGGAUGACAAGGGAUCUCGUACUGGAGUACUUUCUAAAGGCAAAAGGAUAUUUUCUAGGCAAUAAUAUGAGCAAGGAGGCCUCAAGCAACGCCUGCAAGAUGGAAACCGGGAAUGGAUUACUACAAUCGGCUGUAUUUGUGCAGAUAGGACCUGUCAUGGGCUACGCCAGGCAUAUUGCAACUCAGGGCUUUGCCUGAGUACCCUACCUGCUCUAUUUGUUUCAUUUGUUUUGUCUGUCCCUUUUGUUGCAUUUGUUCUGUUUGUUGCUGGCAUGCCGUUGUCUUCUGCUCUCUUCCUUCCCUCAAGGAAUUCUUCGUGUAUCCGGCACCAAAAUGAAUUCUAUAUUCCAACCAUUACAGCCUCUCUGUCUCCUGGAUUAAUCUACCAAGCUUCCAGCAGCAAGCAAAGUUAGAAGAGCAGCAAUUACUUGAAGAAAGGAAGCAAAUCUAGGCAUUGAACGGAGAAUUACGGAUCUAGGAAGCCGA